UUGUGAUUGACGGACUCAGGCUAUUUUUUUUGUCAGGAAUCACAGGAAUGGUGUGUUGUUAGAUUCACGUGUUCUAUUUAUCAGAGUCCCGGGAAAUUCAAGAAAAUUUCCAUAUUGAAUAGCACAUACGUUGUGUACUUUAUCUAAGCUAGGGAAAAGCAUACUUCAUUCAUCAUGACAAUCAUAUCAGAUUUCUUCAGUAAAUUAAAUCGUGUCAAGCAGUUCGAUCCAGAUACGUAUCAGUCGAAGAUGAAGAAAUGUCUGUCUACGUUAGAUCUUACACUGCUUGGUGUAGGAGCGAUGGUUGGGGCGGGGCUGUAUAUUCUUACUGGAAUAGUGGCGAAGGAUAUGGCGGGUCCGUCAGUCCUCAUCUCUUUCGUGAUUGCCGGCCUCAUUUCGUUCAUCACGGCACUUUGCUAUGCUGAGUUCGGCGCCAGGGUGCACAGGACAGGUUCAGCAUAUGUCUACACUUACGUCACUAUGGGAGAAUUCUGGGCUUUCCUGGUUGGCUGGAGUAUAAUUUUAUCAUUUGUUGUGGUUGGUGCAACGGCUGCGCGCGCGUGGAGCGGCUACUUUGAUGAACUGAUUGGAUUUAAGAUUCGUAACUACACACUGGAACACAUCACCCAUGGACCCUGGGAAAACCCACCGCUAGCCCAAUACCCGGACUUCUUCUCUUUGGUAAUCAUUUUCAUACUGGCUAUAUUCGUCACUCUGGGAGCAAGCGUUUCAUCUAAACUCAAUGCUGUUUUAGCUGUACUAAACAUAAUCAUAGUAUUUUUCUUUAUAUGCGUGGGCCUCAACUAUGCAGACAUCGACAACUGGCAGGGUGAUGGCGGAUUUGCUCCGUACGGGUUUUCGGGAGUACUGACUGGGGCCGCUGCAAGUUUUAUGGCGUUUACAGGGUUUGAUAUCAUUGCAACAUCAUCAGAAGAAGCCAAGACUCCCGCUAUAAGUAUCCCAAUUGCAAUAAGUGUUUCUAUACUCGUGGCUUUUGUGGAAUACUUUGCCGUGUCUGUAACACUAACUCUAAUGAUCCCACACGAGCUCAUCGAAACUGAGGCGCCGCUAACCGACGCGUUGUCGCACAACGGAGUCAAAUGGGCACAACUAGUUGUUGGUAUUGGCGCUCUCUUCGGUGUUACAACGCCGCUAUUGGCUCAACUCGUCGCACUUCCACGUGUCAUCUACGCAAUGGCAGACGACGGUCUUCUCUUUUCGCCGUUGGCGAAAAUCCACCCCCGCACACAAGUACCAGUAAUGGCAACUGGGGUGUUUGUAGUCCUGGUCUCGCUGCUGGCCGUUUUCUUCGACUUAGAGGACCUAAUCGAGUUCUUAGUCAUCAGUGCUUUAGCUGCCUACAUCAUAGUCGCUGGCAGCGUGUUGGUUUUACGCUAUCGACCAUGCCACCAUACAAACCCCGACGAGAUUCCGAGAGAUCAUGACAGAGAAGGGUCGAUUUCCGGUCAUGGAGAUAAAAUGGUCAGAGAGAUGAACAGGCAGAAACUCGAUGAACUCAAAUCCAAGAAAGCUCCCUUGGAAGAUGUUGGCAAAUUGAAAAAAGGAUUUAAGAUGUUCUCAUUUCUGUCAAAUUAUCCUCCUGGUGUUGUUCCUGAGUACACAAUUUUGGCAAUGGUUAUCUUCAUGAUGAUGCUAUCUGCAUUCAUCUGUUACGGCUCAGAUGCCCUGAGUAAAGGUAUGCCGUGGGUCGUUUUCAGUAUCAUCAUCACUGGUGUUGCAGUUAUUGUGCUGUUCUUCAUAUUGUGCAUACACGAGCAAAACGAAUAUAUUCACACAUUUACGGUUCCAUUUGUUCCGUUCUUGCCGAGUUUUAGUAUAUUCUGCAAUGCUUUCCUUAUGAUGAAACUGUCCCCGAUUACGUGGAUACAGUUCGCUGUCUGGUUGAUCCUGGGCAUGAUAGUAUACUUUGCUUAUGGUAUACGGCACAGCAAGGAGAACAUACGAGUCGAGGAGAAACCCCCAGUGACAGACUUUAUUCUACCACCCGACACUCCUGUAAUCAACGACGCAUUGCUAGAACAGCAACCUCAGCCGCCGUACGAUGACCCGCCUGAAUACGAUGAUGCAGUUGGUGAACCGAGUGAUCAACAACCACUGCUCGAAAAAGAACAGUAG